GCCGCAGGGGGCGAGUCCGGCGCCUGGCGCACGCGUAGUGGAGCAGUGAGACGAGGCGCCACUCUAUCCAGACCACCGAGGCGCUCUUCCGCCUCCUCCUUAGCCGCCGCCAUGCGCGUGGAGAAGUGCUACUUUUGCUCCGGGCCGGUGUACCCGGGUCACGGGAUGCUCUUUGUCCGCAACGACUGCAAGGCGUUCCGGUUCUGCCGGUCCAAGUGCCACCGGAGCUUCCAGAAGAAGCGCAACCCGCGGAAAGUGCGCUGGACCAAGGCCUUCCGCCGAGCGGCGGGCAAGGAGCUGGCGGUGGACCGGUCCUUCGAGUUCGAGAAGCGGCGCCACGAGCCCGUGAAGUACCAGCGGGAGCUGUGGAGCCAGAGCGUGGAAGCGAUGAAGCGAGUGGAGGAGAUCAAGCGGAAGCGCCAGGCCAAGUUCGUCUGGAACAGAUUAAAGAAGGGGAAAGAGUUGCAGAAAGCACAGGAUAUCAAAGAAGUCAAACAAAACAUUCACCUCAUCCAGGCUCCCCACGCAGGCAAAGCCAAGCUGAUGGAGGAAAAGAUGGUCCAGAUGCUACAGGACACAGUGCCCAUGGAAGAUUCUUGAAGAGUUGUGCUGUUUGGGUCCUGGGCUAUUUAAUUUGGGAGGAGAGGCUGGGGCCAUUGUUUAUAGUUUGUGAGCUGCAGCUUCAAGGGGAAUAUGUGUAAACCAAAUAUAUGGAAAUUAGAAAUAAAAUAGUGGCCAAAAAAUGAUGAUUCAGUUUAAACAUUUAAGGCCAAUUAGAUGAUUAGAACUGCUGGCUGCAUAGAGUACCCUUGUGCAUGGAAUUAGUUGGCCUAGUGAACAGUUAUUACCUUAAGAAGCAGGAAAUGGAGUGCUAGGACGUGGCUGGACCAUCUCCGGUGUAAGCAUCUAAGAUGCUGCCUGGCAAAUACCUGCAGAGGGCACUGCCUUGCCUCCAGUAGAGCCAAGUCAAGGUUUCAGCCCCAUCCCACCCCUUAUGCUAUAACACUCUAUAUUCUUGGUGAUUCCAGUCCUCUUGGAAAUGCAUUUUGUAGCGAUCAUUAAAAUGGAAAUGCAGGCA